AUGGGUGGCUUGCUCCUGGUGCUGCCGCCUGGCCUGCUCCUCACCCUGGAAACGGCUUCUCCAAGGUCUGCUGCUUGCUGGAGACCUGCCACCCCAAGGAGAUUGCCAACUUGUAGCCCUCUCUUGGAGCAACCAGAAUUCACAAAUAAAUCUAGAGCUCCAAGAAUACCAGCCAUUAAAAAAGGGAGUGCAAAAGAUUUACAGAUAUCUGGAUUCCCUGAAGUAGGAAAUCUUAAUUCUCAGCCAGUUAAAAAUGGAACUGGCACUAGUGUUUAUAAAGGAUUAAUCCCUAAACUUGCUGUUCCACCUAGAAAGCCUACACAAUGGAAAAGCCAAACUAAAGAAAAUAAAAUUGGAACUCCCUUCCCUCGUGAGCCUAUAUAUGGCCUUGGCAAAUAUAAUGCCUUAAAAUCAACUGCCAAGAAUUUUAGUGUAUCAACAAAUUCAGUUAAGGAGUGUAAUUGCUCAAAUUCCUCUUCUCUUCUGGACAAAUUUAAUCAGCCUCAUCUAACCAAACUCACUCGGAUAAGUACUGUUAAGAAGAGAGAAUGCUUAAAAGCAUUGAAAAGGGACAGAGUGAAUAAGGAGCACAAAGUUGGAAGUCACAUGGGGCCAGAGAAGGAUGAUGAUUCAUUUAAUUUGCAUAAUAGCAACAACACUUACCAUGAAAGUGAAAACCAAAAUUCUGAUGACAAUGAAAUUUCACAGGAGAAUGGAAAAUUGACCUCUAUGAUUUCCCAACAGACCAUUCAGCCUUCUACCUUUCCACUAGCUGCUGUCUUUUCAAGUUCAGUUGAGGCAGAGCAUAAGUUAUUAAAGGAGAUGGGUUGUCAGGAAGACAGAGAAAAUGACGAAACAUGUGCUCCCUUAACAGAGGAUGAGCUGAGGGAAUUCCAAGGUAUUUGUGAACAGUUACAGAAGAAUGGCCUUAGAAAAAAUGGUAUUUUGAAAAAUAGCCUCAUCUGUGACUUCAAAUUUGGACCCUGGAAAAACAGCACUUUCAAACCCACUUUUGAGAAUGAUGACACAGAGACAAGCAGCAGUGACACAUCAGAUGAUGAUUAUGUGUGAAGGAUUCUCUUAACAGCUUUAGAAUUUUUAGUGUGAUACAUCUCAUACAGUUUGGGG